AUGAGGAAGACACAUUGAUGAGGAAGAGGAAGACACAUUCCCUCUGCCGCCACAGUUUAAACUGACAGGUGUUAUUGUUGUGGAGGUCUGGGAUUGAACUGUUUUCUUAAUCCAUUUUACAUGUAGCACUUGUUACCACACUUACAGUGUCGUGUUCAUUUAGUAAAACAGGCGAAACGCGGGUGGAAGUCCACCAAGAUGUCUCUACCACCGCAGAAAGCAUCUGAACUAAAGCAGAUCAUACACAACCAUCUGAUCAAGAUGAACAUCCAUGGGAAGAUCAGGGAUGUGUUAGCAGAAACCGUGAGAGAGGAUCUGGACCCUGGACGUAGUUCUCUCUCUGAGGAGGACAUCCUCCGGGCUCUGCAACGCAGGGGAAUCGUAGACGAUGUCAUGAAGGAUCUUCAUUUCUCCAAGGAAGUGCCGGACACAGAGUUAGGACUCCAGAACAUUCCAAAGCCUGCAACUCACUUUAUUGACACGGAUCCGACAAAACUCAAGAAAACCAACGUGGACCCAGCGAGGAGGUACCUGUACCUCCAGGUCCUGGGGGGUAAGGCCUUUCUAGAGCACCUCCAGGAGCCAGAGCCUCUACCUGGUCAGGUCUGCUCCACCUUCACCCUCUACCUGCACUUCAGGAACCAGCGUUUCCGCUCCAAGCCUGUCCCCUGUGCCUGUGAGCCAGACCUGCAGGAGGGCUUCCUGCUGGAGAUACACAGAGAGGGACUGGGCGAUGGCAGUAAGAUGGCAGAUGCCACCACCAUGUUGUCUAUCUGUGACCCGGUCCACCUGGUGUUGAUAAAGAGAGACACGUCCAGCGAGACCACCCUGGUCUCCUCUUACUUCCUGGACUGGAGGACCGUCCUCUCCUCUCCCUCCGGGAAGACCAGCAUUGCUGUAGAGCUGCAUGGUGUCGGAAGUGAAUGUAAGGUAACGGCUGGUGUUCUCAACAUGAGUCUUGAACUUUACCCUCCUCCGUCAGAGAUCCUGUCACCUGACAUCAUCACCACACAGCGAUCCCUGGAGAGGCAGAAGACUGCGGAGAAGGAGAGGCUUUUUCUGGUUUAUGCUAAACAGUGGUGGAGAGAGUUUCUCGAGAUCAGACAGGAAAACCAAUCCAAACUGGUCAAGAUCUUUGCACAGGAUGAGAACGGCGUCAACAGGCCGGUGUGUUCCUACGUCCGUGUCCUGCGUGCUGGUCGUCUCCUGGAGAGUCCCCGUCAGGCGGCCCGCUUCGUCAGCCUGCUGGGCCUGGAGAAAGCCCCCGUGGUGGGGGGAGGAGGAGGAGGCAAACAGGAGCAGUGGUGCUCACUCCUCGCUUUCCUCUGUAGAAACAAGGGCGACUGUGAGGACCACGCCACCUUGCUGUGCAGCCUGCUGCUUGGCUUCGGCCUGGAUGCCUACGUGUGUGUUGGCACUAAGCCCAAGGGUUUGGCACACACCUGGGUGAUGACCAGGGGCACUGACAGCACCAUCACCUUCUGGGAGAGCCUGACCGCACACAGGUACCUCCACCAGGCCAUUGACCCAGAUGCCCCUCCGCUAGCCCCCCAGCCCCGUCCCUCCUAUCCUUACCGGACCGUCGGCUGUGUGUUCAACCACAAGACCUUCCUGGCCAACUGCCAGCCGUCGGACGCCGUGGAACUCUGCGCGUUUGACUUCCACAACCAGUCCCGGUGGAAAGUUAUGAGUGAGGAGGCCGUUGGCUCAGUUUGCUCCCCGGGUAGCGCCACCUCUCUGCCACCUCUACCUCCUCUCUGUGGCCCCUCGCUGGAGCCCAGCGCUGCAUCCAACCGGCUGGAACUGGAGAUGAGGUACCUGGUGGUGGAACACAGGAAGGACCUUGGCCUGGCCACAGUGUGGGAUGACCACCUCUCCUACGUCCUGUCCUCCGCCCUGGCGGCGUACGAGCUGGAGCGCUGCACGGGGACUUCCUGCGGUAACGAGGAGUUCCAGGACGCUGUGCGGAGGGCGGUGCCGGACGGACACACCUUCAAAGGUUUCCCUAUCCACUUCCUGCACCUCAACGCACGCCGAGCCUUCGCUACUUGCCUCAGGUCUCCGUUCUGUGACGAGAUCGUGUGUUGCCGUGGGGACCGCGUGAGGCUGGCGGUGCGUGUCCGGGUGUUUGCGUACCCUGAGUCCGCCUGCGCUGUCUGGGUGAUGUUCGCCUGCAAGUAUCGUUCUGUACUCUGACCCCUGACCUUUUGACCUUUUGACACACCCCCAGCGCUGGAGGAACAUCAAGUUAAAAUCACAGUACCAAUAUCCUUUACACAGAUCUGGGUUACCAGGGCCCUCAGCAUACCACAUGACCACUAUACUGAGGUAUUGAUACCAUAUGUAUUGGGUUACCAGGUACCUCAGCAUACCAUAUGACCACCAUACUGAGGUAUUGAUACCAUAUGUAUUGGGUUACCAGGUACCUCAGCAUACCAUAUGACCACCAUACUGAGGUAUUGAUACCAUAUGUAUUGGGUUACCAGGUACCUCAGCAUACCAUAUUACCACCAUACUGAAGUAUUGAUACCAUAUGUAUUGGGUUACCAGGUACCUCAGCAUACCAUGUUACCACCAUACUGAGGUAUUGAUACCAUAUGUAUUGGGUUACCAGGUACCUCAGCAUACCAUAUUACCACCAUACUGAAGUAUUGAUACCAUAUGUAUUGGGUUACCAGGUACCUCAGCAUACCAUAUUACCACCAUACUGAGGUAUUGAUACCAUAUGUAUUGGGUUACCAGGUACCUCAGCAUACCAUAUGACCACCAUACUGAGGUAUUGAUACCAUAUGUAUUGGGUUACCAGGUACCUCAGCAUACCAUGUUACCACCAUACUGAGGUAUUGAUACCAUAUGUAUUGGGUUACCAGGUACCUCAGCAUACCAUAUGACCACCAUACUGAGGUAUUGAUACCAUAUGUAUUGGGUUACCAGGUACCUCAGCAUACCAUAUUACCACCAUACUGAGGUAUUGAUACCAUAUGUAUUGGGUUACCAGGUACCUCAGCGUACCAUAUUACCACCAUACUGAGGUAUUGAUACCAUAUGUAUUGGGUUACCAGGUACCAUAUGACCACCAUACUUACUGUAGGUGCUGAUACCAUCCAUAUUUAUUGCGAUUCUCACCAUUUUGUAUGCAUUGCGAUUGGAUACUGUGAUUUUAUUGUGAUUCCCGUUGUCCAGACGUAUAAUAACAUGUAAAUAGCCUGAUAUGUAACUAUUGAUUCCCCCUCCGUCACUACAAUGUUUUAUGGUUUUAUCUUUAUACUGUCUUAUUACACACUUUGUUUACUAUAUUAGAAUGUAUUUAUAUAUUUUUUUUCUAAAUAAAUAAAUUACUUUUUAAAAAAUUGA